AUGACAAACAAGCGGUGUGAAGUCCUCCUGGGUAGUGGAAACUACUUCCACUGGGAGUAUAACAUGCGCAUGACGUUGGCGCGCAAGGGGAUGCUGGUGCACGUUCAAGUCAUCAAGAAAGAAGAAGAGAUGACGGAUGCCUGGCUGUUCAACGACGCUAAGGCACUGGGUAUCAUCGCUCAAGGCAUAGAGCUACAGCACCAGACCAAGAUACGAUCGGCGACGACAGCUAUGCACGCGUGGGUCAUCUUGCGGGACUUCUACAGCCGCACCACGCUCCACAAUCGUGUCGAGAUGACACGUCGUCUGCAUGAGUUCAAGAUGGAGAAUGGUUCGACCAUGUCGAAGCACUUGGAUGCUUUUGACGAGCUUGUUGUCGGCCUCCAGACACUUGGAGAGCCAGUCGAUGACUCUCGGCAGCUAGACAAUACGCUCAUCGAGGUCAAGGAAAAGCUGCUCAAGGAGCAUAAACGAUUGCAGAAGAAGGAGACUACGGAGAAGGCGUUUCCUGUAAGCAGCAACGGUAGACGGUAUAAGGGAGGCCAAGGUAACGGCCGCAAGGGAAACUACCUACGGAAAACCAACACCGGAAUUAAAGGCAAGUGCUUUAAGUGUGGUCAAGUCGGACACUAUAAGCGGGACUGCCUGAAGCGUAGCAAUGGCGAGGAAGAAGGUGCUGUGUUUGCUGCUGGUGAGUUGCAAUGCGAAGAAUGGCUUAUCGACAGCGGGGCUACGUCGCACAUGACACCACAUCGGAGCGAUCUAUUUGAGUAA